CAGCACAGUGCAGGAUACAGUCCGCUCGCUCCUGUUGGUGUGCUGUCCUUGCUGACUGUACCGUGCUACAACUGAGCCUGAAUGUUUUCUCUGCUGUGUUGGCAACCAGACUACUUCCGCGUUUCCUCAGAUUGCUCAGUCCUGUGGUCUUGGUUUCGCUCACUUACCCGAUUUCCGGCUCACGGUUGCCAUGGGAGGACUUGGAAACCCACGUCGCGGAGGAAGGUCGCCACCGCUUCUGAUUGGCGCUUUGAUCGCCUGUGUUCUUGUGCUGGGAUUUAACUACUGGGUCUCCAGCUCACGCAACCUGGAGCUGCAGACGCGGCUGUUCGAGAUGGAGGGAGCAGUGCGGAGAGCAGCGGCGGAGAGACUGACGCUGGAGGAGGAGAAGAAGGUGUUUGAGGACAAGCUGCGCAUUCAGAAGGGCCAGAUCCCCCUCAUGGAGGGCAGACAUAAGAUCCAGACGGACACUAUGCUGGAUAACUGGAAGCAAGAAAAGACAACUCUGAUGUUGAACAUCUCCUCAAGCACAAUAACAAUACAGACUUUGAAAGCUCAUUUGGCCAUUCUGGAGGAAAUUCAGAAGCAGUUGCAGGACUGCCAAUCAAAUGGGGUCAGUCUGAGUGAUGCUAUGACUGCGUGUAAGGGUCAGCUGAACGAUUUGAAGAACGAGUGUACGGCCAAAUCCCCACCUGACUCCCCCACCUCUCAGGGGAGUUCCAGCCCCUCCCUCAGCAGAACCGGCCAACCAGAGAAGCCAGGCCUCGAUGACACCAAGGAGCCCCCUGUCUCCACCCUGAGAAUCACCCGGAAGGACGCCGACCCAGACCCUCUCAAAGCCAAGCCGUCUGCACUGGAAACCAACGAGAUCCCCAAGGCUGGAGAAGGGGACGCUCCAUCUCCCUUGACUGGCAGAGACGUCUCCAAACCACAGCACAGCAUGGCGCUUCUUCCCAAAAGUGACGUUCCUCAGCAAGAACUUCAGGCGGCCGUGGCCAGGCCAGGAGAAGAGCUGGAGGUGAUAGAAACCCGCUCUGUGAAACUGCAGGUUACAGGAAACGGUGUGGUUCAGGUGGAAAAGGCCGAGAAACCCGGAGAGGAACAUGGGCACAAGCCUGAGGACAAUCCUGCAGACAACCCUGAAGACAACCCUAGGGACAAGCCUGGAGACCAGCAGAAUACCUCAGAUUCUGAGACAGUGAAGCAGGCUCAACUGAAAACUAAUGCAGGUAAAGAUCAGGCCCAAGGUCGUGGCCCAUUGGACCUGAAGAAGGCGAUUGCGGACUACAAUGGCGACGAUGAGAAUGAGGGCGAGCUCGAGGCCGACAAGCAAGCUGAGCUUGCCAAGCAUUGAGGAUCAGGCUGAAGAUCGGGGUGAUGGACGCCGCUGAAUCUAAGUGGCUGUACACUAUAAUGAUUCACACAAGUUCUGUAACCAAGGAAAUGCUGAAGAUAUUCCUCAUCUUCCACUGAUGUUGCACAUGAUGCCUUACUGAUCCAAAAUGAAUGUAUAUGUACACGGGGCCUGAAGACUUGCACUGCUGUGAACUACAAAGAAGAUCCGCAUACAGCCAACACGUAUAUAUCUGUAGCUACACCAGCAUACUGCUUACAUCUGUAGCUACACCUGCAUACUGCAGACACCUGUAACUCUACACUUGUAUACUGCAUACAGCUGAAUAUUGCGUUCACUUGUAUGCUUGUAUGGACCCAAGUUGAAAAUUGCACACUCCUAAUGAGAACGGAAAUACCGUAGAACUUCAGAGAACCGAAUAUCGGGAAUGAAGCUCGUUCACCUUAUGAAAUUUUCGGAACUCUGAAAGUGCCGUUGAAAUGUACCCAAUUUCACUAAAUUAAGUAUUUAUUUCAGGUCCGUUUAUUUCAAGUUCUAAUAAGCCAAUAACAUGGAUUUUGUCCACACAGUUUCUGUCAUAUAAAGUGCGGUCCAAUAUGCAACAAUAGGCUAAACUUAAAAAAAUGUCCAAAUCGGAAAUAAAUCCGGCUUCGCACUUUUAUUGAUGUACACUAAUGGUAAGCAAAAGUCGCCGAUGUGUAGCCAUCAGUUUGACGCGAUCUUUGCUGGAUUUAAAAUGAUUCAAAUUUUGUGCUGGUCCUUUUAUGUCAGAAGCUAUACUUUCUUGUCGGCUACUCUUUAGCAACAGCUCCCAUGUCUAAUUUUGAUAUAAUUUCAAGUUAUUUUUCUCGAUUUAAUAGUGUUACUCAUUUGCGUUUUUACUUGCGAUUCCAUAACCCUGUUCGGUUGACCGGACUUUUCGUUUUCCUGAGGUUGGGGUCUCUGAGGUUCUACUGCAUUGCCGUCUCAUAGAUCUGAUUGAUUGAUGCUCACCGCAGGUCAUCAAGUUUAACCAUCUUGCACUUAAGCUGUCUCAGAGGUGCCAGUGGAAGCGGCCGUUUCUCCUGUCACCUCUUUUGUAAGAUGGAUGCCCACCAAACUCUUGCCUUUUCAAAUUGUUUUACAUUCAUGUCCAGAAUUUAUCCAAAUGGCAGCUGUUCAUUGUAUGUAGUGAUCAUAGAUAAAAUGUUUGAUUGCGUGUGGGGAUUAUAUCAAAUAUUAGUUAGGAAAGUGAUUUCCUGAUGGGUCUUGCCCCCACCAAUGGCUGUUUCCGUUUGGCAAGUGCCAGUUUCUAUUUUUUUUAUUUAUGAAAUGCGUGUUUACUGGAUUAGUGUCUGAGUGGCCCGUGCCCAGACCCCCUCUGCUAGUUUUAGACACAAUAUGAAGUAGAUUUAUUGAAGAUUUGACCUGCCGAAUCACCAGCUUUGGGUGCGUAAUGUUAGACCAGUCAGACUGCCAAAGCUGUAAUUACACCUGUAUGUCCACCUGCUAUAAUAUUGCUGGCUGCUGUAGUGUGCGUGCACUAGAAAUUGUGGCAUUACAGAACCCUAUUAUGAGACAGGACAUACAUGCACGCAUGGAUAUGCGUGAACACGCGUACAGACACAGACAUGCCUCCUGAAGAAAUGACCAAAGGUGUCUAAAAAAAUCUCAGUUUGAGAUUUAAUUUCCUCCAAUGCAAGAUCCUAAUCUUCACCACACUGCGCUGAUCAUCCAAUCUGCAGGACUGGUCUGCAUGCGUUGCCAGUGUAACCGUCCUGGGGUUGUGUGCCUUGCUGUGUUUGUCUUGAGCCAGUAGUUUGCACACUGAAUGGGAAAUUUUAUAAUUUAUUUUAUAGACUGUAUUUUGUGUUUUUUUUUAGGUUUGUUCUGAAUGAACCUGUUGAAGAUGUUUAUGCACAAACUUAUGGAAAUGGUUUAAUAACAUGGCAUACCUUGCUCGAGAUUUAACUUUUUUGUAGAAGCGGAGAAAUCUGAAAACCACACUAUAGGAAAAAAAAUAUGAACAUUUUUCAUAGAGGUGUAAAUGUGAAUCCAUUGUGCGCUUUCUACCAUGGAACUGGGAAUAAACUUAUCUGACAAUGAA